GUGUGUGUGUGUGUGUGUGUGUGUGUGCGCAACCUAAUAAGUAGAAUUUGAUAAAUUUCAUACUGAAAUGUUAUCAUAUCUAUUGUCAUUAGCUACUUUGUAAGUACUUUGUAAUAUUUUAUUACACAACACUUCAUCACAUUAGACAAACUGCUGCCCCUUUGUACAUUUUCUUGAUCUAUUUCAUAAAUCAAAACUACAUAUGUUCUGAAAUUAAAUCUCUUUUUCUUUUCUUUUCUUCCCUGUCUCUCCAAGUCUGUCAAGCUCACAAUUGCUUGUACAUGCAUUUACACACACACACACACACACACACACACACACACACACACACACACACACACACACACACACACACACACACACUGCUCACAUUUCUCGUCAUUAGACGUAAUCUGAACUGCUGUGUACAGUACCUCACUCAAUUAGGUCAGCACCAUUUCCUCCAGUGUGACCUGCAUAUCUCCCGACCUGUAUAUCACACUGCAGAGGGAAAUGACUCAGGCUAACAGACCAUAUCAUGCUGUCGCCCACUGUUCCAGGAGAAAUAAAUGACUGGAAGACAGGGGCAAAAAAGCUGGGAAGUAAAAGGGGUUUGGGUUUGUCUGUAGUUUAACAUUACAAAAAAAUACAGCAUUUUGUGGCCACUUUUUCCCCACUCUACAAUACCACGGCCACAGAGGAGUCUAACAUCAAAUCCAAGCAGAUUUUCUUCUUCCUGUAGCAUGAUCGUAUUUACUGCAAUGAUUCAAGUCAGUGUUUAUAUGCACAUGAUAUUCUCUUCUUAAUGUGGUAACAAACAUCAUAUGCCUGAACUACUCACAUUUCUCUCUUUUUUUCUUUAUUAUUCCUUAUUCCUUAUUGGACGAUGAUUCACAAAAUGUAUUUCUAUUUUUCCUAAACAGCAGUAAGAAAUCUGAUUUCAGAGAUGUUUUGCCCUGCAGCCUUUUCAGGGAUGUCUGUUUCAAGGAUGACUGGGAACUGCACUGAUUUUGAGAUUUUCUGAGCAUCUUUGAACUUUCCUUGGAAACCUUCCACUGAGACCCAGACAAAAUGCUUCAUGGACAGGCAGGCAGCAUGGCCAAAGGAAAGAAGAGCAAACAGUCUAAGGGAAAGACAAUCACCUUGAAAAUGGCUCAGAACUGUGUGGAGCUGACGCUGGACGGUAAAAGACGUCUGGACCUCAGUUUCAAGGAGCUCACCACGGUGCCAAAGUGCAUGCAGAAGCUGUGUGACAUGGAUGAACUGGACCUGAGCAGGAACCUGAUUGGAAAGAUUCCAGACUUUAUUGACUGUUUCAUCAACGUCAGUGUUUUGGAUCUGCACAGCAACUACCUGGAGCAGCUCCCUGUGACUAUCGGCCGUCUCCAGAACCUGCAGGUUUUAAACCUGGUUAACAACCGUCUGACAAGCCUCCCCAGCGAGCUUGGCCUGCUGAAGAAACUCCACACGCUGAAUCUGGGUGUCAACCAGCUGGAGGCUCUUCCCACCUCCAUUGCAGCGUUGAAGGAGCUCCGCUACAUCGGCCUCUCUGACAACCGAUUCACCCGCGUCCCCGUCUGCCUCUCCAGGCUGAACAAACUGGAGAAGGUCAACCUGGACAGGAACCCCAUCCUCACUGAGCAGACGCCCAGCCAUGAGUCAAUAAUGGUAACAGAGAGGCUUUACCUGGUCAAAGAGAGCUUCCUGUGUGAGGACUGCCUGAGUAAGUGCCAAACAGAGAGGAAGAAGAUGGAGGAUGUGGUGAAAAGCGAAGAGCCCAGCCUGGGCCUCACCUGGUAACUAAGGGAGACAGGGAGAUGUAGAGAUAGUUUUACUUUAAAAAAAAAACACACACAUUCAUCCAAAGCAUAUAUGAAAUGUCACAUAGUUAUUUAUUACUCCUUUUAUUUUCCUCUCCAUAAACUCAAACACUUGGGAUGAUUUCACACUGUACAGGACCCAUAAACUGAGCAGCUUUAACUUACACCACAGCACCAUCUGCUGUUUUCACAGACAGGAUCAUCAAACAGGUGUAAGAUACAGUGUACUAUAUAUGUUAUUAUGAGCUGUCUUUUAUGGAGCUGGUAAGGGGCUGAAGGACAGCAGAGGGACAUGGUCACUUGUGAACACAGUUUCACAGUCUUAUAGUUGAACUAUCAAAAUUAAAAAUAAUAUUAAAAUAACUUAGCUGAACAUCCAGUGGGCCACUUUGAUCACAGACAACCUACCUAAACCUUCACUUCCCUGAUCUUCUCAUUUACGGUGGUUUCAUUUGUGACACAUGCAGAUUUUAAAUGCAUUGUAGGAAGUGAAGUAUGUUAUGUUAGUCAGAGCAGUGUGAAGCACCACUGAUUCAUUAUUAUCCUACCUGAUUAAAAUCACUAUUCUGUAAAUAACUACAAAUUCAAUCUGGAUUUCUUUUGUUUUUACAUUUAAACUGCAGCAUUAAUUCUACCACUAUGAGUUUCUGAAACAUUUAGGACAAAUUUAAAAUUUUACUCUAGUCAAACAAAAAAAAAAAAAGGCUCUUGCUUUCGCUAAGCCCAGAGGAUGAAGGCUAUAGCUUCUGCCCUCUGUUUUUU